AUGAUUUCCGUGUCUCCUCCACAUCUAUCAUUCUCAUUUCAUAACCAUAACCAUAACCAUAACCAUAACCUUACCCUUCACAACACAACCAUUACGAAUCUAAACAUCAACAAGAACAAAAUAAAAAACCCCCUCGGUUCAUUUCCACCUCCAAAAUCAUCAUCCCUCUUAUCUACUCCCACAAUCUCAACCCAUGAAAAUCCAGCCAAACAAUCUUAUCCUCUCCAACAUUUUCACAACCUCUGCAACACCGGAAACCUCAACGAAGCCUUCACCUUCCUUCAAUCAAAUCUCAACCACAUCGUUUCAUCUUCCAACCUUAAAAAACCAGAAGAACCUAUUGCCAUCUUACUACAAGCAUGCGGACGCCACAAAAACAUCGAACUCGGUCGAACACUACACGCCUUCGUUUCCACGUCACCCCGUUUCCGAAACGACCUCGUUCUCACCACUCGCAUUCUCACCAUGUACUCUACCUGUGGCUCUCCCUAUGAUUCACGUUCCGUCUUCGACGCGUCGCGGAAGAAGAAUCUCUUCCUCUGGAACGCGCUUCUUAGUGGUUACGCCAGGAACGCGCUUUUUUAUGAAGCGCUUUUUAUGUUUGUGGACUUGAUUUCCUUGACGGAGUUUUCUCUUUCGCCGGAUAACUUCACGUUGCCGUGCGUUAUUAAGGCAUGUGCGGGGCUCUCUGAUGUUAAACUUGGAGAGGGAAUUCACGCGUUUGCGGUUAAGACGAAGCUUUUCUCCGAUGUGUUUGUUGGGAAUGCGUUGAUUGCUAUGUAUGGCAAGUUUGGGCUUGUGGAGAGUGCAGUUAAGGUGUUUGAGAGAAUGCCUGAGAGAAACUUGGUUUCGUGGAACUCCAUCAUGUAUGCGUAUUCUGAGAAUGGUGUUUUUGAAGAGAGUUAUGGUUUGUUUAAGAGGCUUAUGAGUGGUGAUGAAGGUUUGGUGCCAGAUGUUGCUACGAUGGUGACGGUCAUACCUUUGUGUGCAGCACAAGGUGAAGUUAAUUUGGGGAUGUUGCUUCAUGGUUUGGCUUUGAAACUUGGUCUUGUUCGAGAAGUGAAGGUGAAUAAUUCUCUCAUGGAUAUGUACUCGAAAUGCAGUUAUUUAUGCGAGGCUCGAGUUCUGUUUGAUUUGAAUCAGGAGAAGAAUGUUGUUUCGUGGAAUUCUAUGAUUGGGGGAUACUCUAAGGAAGGAGAUUUUCGCAGGACAUUUGAGUUGUUAAGGAACAUGCAGAUGGAAGAGAAGGUAAGGGUCAAUGAGGUGACUCUGUUGAAUGUUUUACCGGUUUGCGUGGAAGAGAUUCUGUUUUUGAAGUUGAAGGAGAUUCAUGGUUAUUCUUUAAGGCAUGGAUUCCUUCAGAGUGAUGAAUUGGUUGCCAAUGCUUUCGUUGCUGGAUAUGCAAAGUGUGGUUCACUGGAUUAUGCUGAGGGUGUUUUUGUUGGUAUGGAGUCGAAAACGGUGAGUUCUUGGAAUGCGAUGAUUGGUGGGAAUGCGCAGAAUGGUUUUCCUGGAAAGGCUUUGGAUUUGUACCGUUUGAUGAGAAGUUCUGGCUUGGAUCCUGAUUGGUUUACAAUUGGUAGUCUUCUUUCGGCUUGUGCUCGACUGAAAUUGCUGUCUUAUGGGAAAGAGAUUCAUGGUUUUAUGUUCCGUAAUGGUUUAGAACUCGAUGAAUUCAUUGGGGUAUUGUUAGUGUCGCUUUAUGUCCAAUGUGGGCAAAUGUUACAAGCAAAAUUGUUUUUUGAUAAUACGGAAGAGAAAAGCUUGGUGUGCUGGAAUACUAUGAUAACUGGCUCUUCACAGAACGAGCUUCCUUGCGACGCCCUUGAUAUUUUUCGUCAAAUGCUUUCAAGUAAUGUUUGGCCUGAUGAGAUUUCCAUCAUCGGUGCUUUGGGAGCUUGUUCGCAGGUGUCGGCGCUGCAACUGGGCAAAGAACUUCACUGCUUUGCAACGAAAGCUCAUCUCACAAAAGACAGCUUUGUUACUUGUUCGUUGAUAGACAUGUAUGCAAAAUGUGGAUGCAUAGAACAAUUUCAGAACAUUUUUGACAGCAUAUAUAAGAAAGACGAAGUGUCAUGGAAUGUUUUAAUUACAGGAUAUGGAAUUCAUGGACAUGGACUGAAGGCUAUAGAGCUGUUUAAGUCAAUGCAAAGUGCGGGCUGCAAACCAGAUUCUAUCACGUUUAUAGGAUUGUUAAUGGCAUGUAACCAUGCAGGUUUAGUAGCAGAAGGGUUAGAAUAUCUUGGCCAGAUGCAGAGUUUGUUUGGUAUAAAGCCAAAACUAGAGCAUUAUGCAUGUGUGGUUGAUAUGCUUGGUCGUGCAGGACGAUUGAAUGAAGCUAUGAAGCUUGUGAACGAGCUACCAGACAAACCCGAUUCCAGGAUUUGGAGUUCGUUGCUCAGUUCUUGUAGAAAUUACGGGGAUUUGGAUAUUGGAGAGGAAGUUGCUAAAAAGUUAUUAGAAUUGGGACCAGACAAACCUGAGAAUUAUGUAUUGAUAUCAAACUUCUAUGCUAGAUUAGAAAAAUGGGAUGAGGUGAGAAAAGUGAGGCAGAGGAUGAAGGAUAUUGGCCUUCAGAAAGAUGCAGGUUGUAGUUGGAUUGAAAUAGGAGGGAAGGUUUAUAGAUUUCUUGUUGGUGAUGGAUGUCUUUUGGAAUCAAAGAAAAUUCAACAGACUUGGACUAAAUUGGAGGAAAAAAUAAUCAAAAUUGGAUAUAAACCUGACACAAGUUGUGUGCUUCAUGAACUAGAAGAAGAGGAAAAGAUUAAGAUACUGAGAAACCAUAGUGAGAAGCUUGCAAUCUCUUUUGGUUUAUUGAAUACAGCUAAAGGUACCACACUGAGGGUUUGUAAAAAUCUUCGCAUUUGUGUAGACUGUCACAAUGCUAUAAAGUUAGUAUCAAAGGUUGAUAAAAGGGAAAUUAUUGUAAGGGACAAUAAGCGGUUUCAUCAUUUCAAAAAGGGAUUUUGUAGCUGUGGUGAUUACUGGUAA